AUGGCCACCAAUAGCACGCUGCCCGAGGGGGACAACGCCGUUCCGGGAAAAGCAGAGCGUGUCGCCGGCGACGAGGUGGUCAAUGAGAAAUCGGUGCGUGCCCGAGCCGAUGUUGAUGCUGAUGAUGAUGGCCCAGACGCCGGAAACGCUGACGCCUCUGCCGCCAAGCCGGCUUUGGUUUCGAGCGGCGACAACAAAAAGGAGGCCGGAGACGAGGAAAUCAUCGUGGUCACCGGGCACGAUGCGGCGCAGCACCUGCUCCCGCUGCGGGACGACGGGGAGCCGGCCCUGACGUUGCGAAGCAUAUUUCUGGCGUCGUGUCUGUCCGCCUUCCAGGCCGUCAUGAGCCAGAUUUACUCGUUCAAACCCACGGGCAUCACCGUCUCGGGCAUCUUCAUCGUCCUCAUCGCCUACUUUGCCGGCAAGGCCUGGGCCGCGCUCCUCCCCCGCGGCGACCGCCACGAAGCGCAAUGGCGGCAAACCUCGCGCCACGGCACUCUCCCCCUCUGGAUCCGCGCCCUCAAGCUCGUCAACCCGGGGCCCUGGAACCUCAAGGAGCACGCCGUGUGCGCCAUCAGCGCCACGUCCGCCUCCAACGCCGCCGCCAGCAUCACCGUCUUCGCCGCCCAGAACCUCUUCUACGACCUGCCGCUGAGCGCCACCACCGUCGUCCUGUCCACCAUCUCCAUCGGCCUCUUUGGCUACGGCGUCUGCGGCGUCCUCCGCCCCAUCUGCGUGUGGCACGUCGAGUCCGUCUACUGGAGCACCUUGCCGACGGUCAAGACCCUCCAGGGCCUGCACUGGCAGGACGUCAAGAAGUCGAAGCCCAUCCGCGUGUUCUGGUACAGCUUUGUCGGCAUGGCCGUCUACGAGAUCUUCCCGGCCUACGUCUUUCCGUGGCUCAACUCCGUGUCGAUCCCGUGCCUGGCGGCCAUGAAUGCCACGGGCGCCAAGGCGAGCCUCCUGACGAACCUGUUUGGCGGCGCGACCAACAAUGUGGGCUUGGGCAUCCUAUCUCUUUCGCUUGACUGGCAAUAUAUCACCUCGUUUCAGACGUCCGUCCCUCUCAAGCUGCAGACUCACCAGGCCGCCGGCUUCUUCGUCUGCUUCAUCGCUAUGCUGAGCAUCUACUACACCAACGCCUGGGACGCCAAAUCGCAGCCGUUCAUGUCGACGCGCCUGCGGACACAAAGCGGGGAGCCGUAUCCCACCGCCAAGCUUCUGUCCCAGGGUGUGCUUGAUCAGUCCGCGUUGGCCCAGUAUGGGAUUCCUCGACUGGCCGGGAGCUUUGCCUAUGCCAUGUUCAUCGCCAAUGCAGCUAUUGGCGCCUUGGUUGCCCACUGCGUUCUCUUUUGGGGCAGGGAUUUCGUCCAGGCAUACAAGACGGCCAAAGCGGGACGCUACGACGACCGGCACCAUGCCUACAUGGCAAAGCACUACAGGGAAGUGCCCUGGUGGUGGUACACCGUCGUCCUUGUCUCCAGCUUCAUUCUCGGCCUCGUCGUCGUCGUGAGGGAGGACAUUACCCUGCCGGUGUGGGCAUACCUGGUGGCACUUCUGGUGGGAAUCAUCAUCGCCCCCUUGAGCACCGUGACGCUUGCUCGCUACGGCAACGGCAUCGGCACCAACAACAUCUCCAAGAUGUUGGCGGGCCUGAUGAUUCCCGGACGCCCCAUCGGCAACAUGUAUUUCUCUGCCUGGUCCCACAACGUCAUUGUCAACUGCGUCGCUCUGUGCGGUGACUUGAAAAUGGGCGAAUACCUAAAAAUCCCCCCUCGCGUCAUGUUUCUCACCCAGAUAUAUGGCACCGUCCUCGGCGGCUUCAUCAACUACGCCGUCAUGAUAGCCAUCGUCAACGGCAACCGCGAUCUGCUGGCCAACUCGAACGGAAAUGCCUCCUGGAGCGGCGCCAGCAUCCAGUCGUACAACACAAACGCCAUUUCUUGGGCCUUGGCAAAAUAUCUCUUUGGAUGGGGCAGGACCUACUCUUUCGUGCCCUUUGGACUAGCUAUUGGCGCGGGCAUUGUCGCUCUUCACCGUCUAGUUGCCUAUUUUGUGCCAAGAGUAAAGGGCUUCGCUCUCGCCGAGAUCCACAUGCCGCAAUUUAUACAGUACGCCGGCUACAUACCGUACAACCAGUCGCAGACCUGCGUCAUCUUCAGCUGGAUCAUCGCGGGCUUCUUUACGCAGUUCUACCUGCGAAACUACAAGCCGCGGCUGUUCAAGGACUACAUGUACCUUGUCACGGGCGCCUUUGACGGAGCCAGCCUCUUUGUGCUGUUUAUCCUGUCGUUUGCCGUGUUUGGUGCGGGUGGCAAGUCGAUCCCGUUCCCCGCGUGGUGGGGGAACAAUGCUGGCGGAACGUUGGAUCACUGCCCAGUGGGUUCGUAG